UGUAAUUUCAGUUUUACAGUGAUACAAUGAUACAGUGAUAUAAAGAUUCGGUUUUUCAUUUUUUCGUCUAUGAUUCAAAUCACAUGCAACAGAUAAAAUUUGAUCAUUCUUCUUUAAAAUCUUUCUCCUCAUUAUUCAUAACAUUUUUCAAAUAUCAAUUCGAAAAAAUACUAUUGAGAUGAUUACUAAACAAUCCACUAUUCUAGCUAAGUGCACCAAGAUGCCAGGACUCGACGAGACCAACAACGAGAGUUACAAAUACCUGAGGAGCGUGGGUAACGACUGGCAGUUCAACGUAGAGGAUCUCCACCCCAAGAUGGUCUCCCGACUCUACAAGAGGUUCGACACCUUCGAUCUGGACUGUGACGGCAAAAUGGAGAUCGACGAGAUCCUGUACUGGCCCGACAGAAUGAGGCAGCUGGUAAACGCUACUGACGAACAGGUCGAGAAGAUGAGGGCUGCUUGCUACACCUUCUUCACCAACAAAGGAGUGGAUCCAGUAAACGGACUUCUCAGGGAGAACUGGGUUGAGUCUAACAGAGUCUUUGCUGAGGCUGAAAGAGAAAGGGAACGACGUGGUGAAGCCUCCAUGAUUGGUCUCUUGUCCAACGCUUACUACGAUGUCCUGGAUGAUGAUGGUGAUGGUACCGUUGAUGUUGAUGAACUGAAAACCAUGAUGAAAGCAUUCGAUGUGCCCCAGGAGGCUGCUUACACCUUCUUCGAGAAGGCUGACACAGACAAGAGUGGAAAACUGGAGCGACCUGAGCUGGUGCAUCUGUUCAGAAAGUUCUGGAUGGAGCCCUACGAUCCUCAGUGGGACGGUGUCUACGCUUACAAAUACUGAACAGAUUCAUGGACCCAAUCGACUAAUCUAUUCUCCGAUAUUUACCCUCCAUAGCCUUUACAUUGAGCUUCUCGGCUUAACAGUCGGAUAUUCUUUGUAAUUUCAGUUUUACAGUGAUACAAUGAUACAGU